AUGCUUGUAUGCAACACAUCCCGUGUUGUAGAUCCUUCCAUCUUGGAGGAUCCUCAAUACCGUUACUUCCACUUCGCUUGUAAGUAUCGCAAGAAGCUCGCCAAGUAUCGUAGUCAGCUACGUCGUCUCGGUCUUGACACUGGACGCAUCUUGGAUAUCCACUACCCUGCCAAGGGUAUUGUUGCUCUCUUGAUCCACCAGGAAUACUCAACUGACUUCCUUGCAACGCUGGCCAAGCACAAACUUGAGCCUAUCACCGACUUCGAUCAAUUUGCUGCUGCAAAUCUGAACGAUCCUGCUCUCCUCACUCUGGAUGAUGCUGCUCGUGCUGCUAAAGCCAGAGAGCUUUGUUUAGAAUAA